UCGAAAACUCAAUCAGAAGCACCCAUAUUGAUAUCAAGAGUUUGCUAAACAAUUCGAUGUCAUACGUUAAAAGAGGAAGAUUUCAAAACAAAACCGCCCUGAGUUUUUAUACUACAAAACAAUCAUAUUUCCGGACGAAUGGUCAAUAAAACCAACAACCUUGGCCAGUUAUUUUCAUUCGUAAAGUUUGUUUCUAAGAUGUAUACAGGUUUUCUUCUCCCUCUCGUUGUGUUCGGGUCAUUAUUCCAGAAGGCGGUUCUACACUGCUGUAUUCCUUCUCAGCUGCAGACGAAUAUAGACGUCUACCUUCCAGUUGGUAAUGGAACACUUCAAACAGUUAAUGUAUCGUAUGAUGCCUUGAGAAAAAGAGAAGCUAUUCAUGGUUACGCUGAUUCGAGUCACGAUGAGUUUGAUUUCAUUGUAGAUUAUCAAACUCAAACGACUUAUGAAUGGUCGAAAGGAGUGUGCAUUGUGUCAAAAAUAGAUGAUGAUUUUUCAGAGUUCUGUUUUACAGGAUGGAAAUUGCUUGGAAAAUCUUUUAUUGGUGUAUCUCCUGACAUCAUUAAAGUAGACGUUUACUCGACCUAUGAUGAUAAUGUUUUAACUGUUGGGAGAAACUGUACGCCUGUUCAUGUCGUUGAAAAUAUUUCAAUGGAUCCAGACAUUGAUCAAUUUGUGAUACUUGAUUUCUAUAACAUGACCAUGGGAAUCAAAGAUGAAUCGGUUUUCACUCCUCCAAAAUUUUGCUUUAAAAAGGCAAGUUUUUUUUAAUUUUUUUAUUCUUUGUGAAUUAUAACACAAAAUAUCACAUAUUAUAUCUUGUUUUAUUAUAGGUGUCGCAAGUAAAAGAAAAUGAAUCAAAGCUUCCGUUUCAUCGAACUGCUUCUAUCUUUGGUUCAACAUUUGGAUGGUUUAAUAAAGCAACAUGAGCUGCAAUUUUCAUGUUGAAUUUUUUUGUUACGAAAAUGUUAUUUUCUACUAAAAUGACAAAAGAUCAUGGUUUUUUAAUAUCUUUUAAAUAUCUUAGCCCAUAUUUUUGUGUGAAAAGGCCGUUAAGAAGCCUUAAUUGAAGCAUAAUUGAAUUAUUGUCGUCCUGUACAAAAAUUGAUUUGCUACAUAUUCCUUAGAAGAGAAAUAAUCUUUCCUCUGGCAAAAAUUAAUCAUUUUUUUAAACUUAUUUAUCAUAAAAGAUUAAGUUAUAUGCAGACUUAUCAUACUACAAUGAAGCAGCUUUUUGCAACAAAAUAAAAUUGUAAAAAAUUACAGAUCAUAUUGCUUUUAGUAAAGAUGUGGUAUGGAAUUUAUUAGUUAACAGAUGGAUUGUAUUUAUAAAUUUUUCACUUCCUUAUAAUUCCUUUCUGUGUUAUUUAGUUUUAGAAAAUGAAACAAUAAUUAAUUAAUUUGUUUUCAUUGAGUAAAUACGAGAGAAUAAAAUGAAUAAAAAUGAUGACAUUUGAUGUUUUUGAUAUAUUAGGUAAUUGUGAAAUUUUAGGGAAAAAAUAUGUCAUCAAUGUUUCAAUAAGCCUUUAACACUUAAGCAAAACUACUACUGUUUCAUGUAUAUACCAUGAAAUAUUAAUUUUUAUGGAGAAAACUACACAAUUUAGAUUAACAAAAGAAGAGAAUAAAAUAAGGAAAUAUCCUCUAGAUUUUCUCCAACCGUCAAAAACCAAAAUUACUGGCACGAAGUAAAUCUAAAUGUUGUUAUCAAAAUAAUCUUUUGAUCAUAAUUAAUAAUUAGUCGUUUGAUUUAUUAAAUUUCUGUUCAAUCAAUAGAUACUCUUAGAAAGUAUUUUACUUCAACUAACAAAUGUUUAAUGCAGAUACAAAUUUAAUUUCUUCAUGUUUUGUUGUUAAAAGAAUUUCAUUGUAAAGACAAAGAAAAUAUUCCUUUUGUUUUAUUUUGAAACGCAUUGAAAUGAAAUUUUGGUUGAUUUUUUUUUCAAAUAAAAUGCAGAAGUCUGGUAUUGUACAA